CGCAACGAUACGAUCAGGAACAAGUGCGACGCUUUACGCAUCCGACCUGCCUGAGGUGCUCGAUUCUCGCUUCUUACCUUCGCUUGCCAUGGAUUGAACUCGUAUUCUCUCAGUGGACGUGUCUCUGACGUUUCCCCACCUCUUUCUUUUCUUGUUAUUCCCCCCUUCUUUCACGCACCUGUUCGCUCCUUUUCCAUCCCCUGACCCCUAAAGAACAUUGACCGCAUUAGGUUACCACUGGGGUCCCAUCCGCACUGGGAUAGGCAAACGCCUCAAGUAUCCGCUCGCCCUUCGCACUUUCGACCCUGCCGGGUUUCGACUCUACAAUUUCCCCCUGAUUCAUCAGAUCAGGCCUGAUCCAGGCCGUACGUCUCAUGUCAAAAUGAUCCCUCACCGGAGCACGGCUCUUAUUACCAUCAUCGUCUUCGUCGCCCUGGUCUUGGUCAUCUUCUCUUCGUCCCCGGUCUCUGACCCUUCCUCUGGAGAAGAAGUCUCCGGCCCUGCCAAAUAUGUACCGAAACUGCCUUCAUUAAGUAACCUGCAUCUGCCGUCUUUCCACCCGACGGUGCAUACCCCUCCGGAGCCGCAACCCAACAGCACCAGCGGCGAGUCCAAAUGGUUCAGCGACUGGUCGUGGAUCAACCCUUUCUCGUCAUCCAUCACCCUCGAUGAGAACCGUUCCGUCCUACCUCCUCUCAGACAUCGACCGUUCAUUUAUACCUACUACGAGCCGAAUAAGGGAAACGAUCGGGAGGAGGAUAAUGCCGACGCACAGCUCCUUCUCGCCUGGCGUAGGGCUUGGUUUGCGCAAGGUUUCCGUCCCGUCAUUCUAGGGCCCGGCGAGGCUAUGAAUAACCAGCUCUAUGAGCUGGUGCAGCCUAUGAACUUGAAGCCUGAGCUGGAAGCAGAGUUGUUUAGAUGGCUUGCAUGGGGCCACAUGGGUGAUGGUAUGCUUGCAGAUUGGCACUGCUUUCCAAUGGCAAGGUAUGAUGAUGCACUGUUAACCUACUUACGUCGUGGCACCGACCCGGCCCUUAUCACGCGCUUCGACCGCAUUGGAAAUGCUCUGUUCGCUGGAGAGAAAUCACGGAUUAAUGAUGCGAUCAAGGAGGCCAUGAAAAAGGUGGAUGACAAGUCCACCUCCAUGAUGGAAUUGAUUCCGACGGAAUUCUUUACGGUGGAAGACCCAAAUGCGUUGGCUCUCUACGAUUCGGCUGCCAUUACUAGCUUCUAUCCUACCGUUGCGGAGAAGAUUGUCUCCUCCCCUACCGCCGGACGGUUGGCGUUGGCGGAGCUGAUCAAUGCCCACUUGCACAACACUUUCCAGAAUGCCUUCCCAGCCGGCAUUGCCGUCUUGAAACCCUUUCCCGAGCAUACUACAGCUCUGGUUGAACCGGCCUUGCGGCUCGCGAAAGCCCUCGUCCAAUGUCCGAGCUCUCCUGUCCCGCGUUCGUGUCCCCCGAACCUGCAGAAGUGUCAUCCUUGUGAUGCCGAGAAGCCCAUGCAUAUCAGUCAACCGGCGACCUACAAGAAUACAACCCAAGUUUUCACAAUUGGGACACUCCCUCAUCCCUUUACACUCAUUAGCCUGCAACAGGAUUCCACUGAAGUCACAACACGGCACAUCCGCCGCGAGACAGACCGUGAUGUGUGGUUGGCCGAAGUGACCAAAGAGCACCUGGGCACUGAGAUCGGGGGUUCCCCAAGGGCCGUUGUUUUCAAGAGAGCUGUGGCUGAUGACGCCGUCGUCGGCACCUCUCUCUGGAUGACUGUUGAGUCUCUGCCCCCUCAGGCUGGUCAAUCUUUGCCAUCUGAGCUUCUAGACGAAUUUGAAUGGCAAUUUGGGUUCCGCAUUCCUCGUGAUGGCAAGGUCGAUGCGAAGAAUGAAGGAGAGGAGAAGGAAAGCGUGCAACAGGCCAACCCGAGCGAGCAAGGCGUCGAGAAGGAGUACAACAUACUGAAACAAGCUCGAGAGGUCCUAAAGGGCAAAGGGACGAACCGGGUCGGCAUCACCGAUGUGGCGGAGGCGUGGAACUUGGCGGACACCGAAGUCUGGCGUUUUGUGAGAGCAUACCGGGCUCGAAGCGUCGUGGAACGCACGAAAUGGCAAGAGGAUGAAAAAGACUUCGUUGGAGCCAAAUUAAAAGCAUGAAAUGCUUCAAUUAUAUACGUCAUACCAUCGCCUUCUCUUGUAGAUUUGCUUCUCUUUGCUUGCUUGGAACUCUUUGACCUACAUGGAGUAUUAUGUUGAAUUAACAGGGGCACGGAUCGGAGCAUUUGGAGCGGCGUUGAUUUGAUGCUGAAGAUACCUGGCUUGUCUAGCUGUCGCCGAUACGAGGGCCUUAUCUCUCGAUGAUCUAAAUUAAUUCACUGUUUGGUUUUCCUGGU